CGGGCGCUUGGUUUGGGCUCUGACUAGCUGAAGAACCAGAGGUUCUUUCUACGACAGCAUGGAGGAGGAAGAAGCUGUUUGUUGGUUUUGUGUUGUUGAUCUAUCCUCGUCUUCUUCCCUGGAGGAAAAAUGGCAAAGGUCGUCAUCAAACUUUGGAAGUUGCCACUGAAUAUCUUUUUGGAGCCCAGAACAGGGAAAAGGCGAAAGCAACAGCCAACAGCCGAUCAGGCGCUGAAGAUUUGCGUUUGCUCGGGGCACUUCUGGAGGAAGUGGCAGCCUGUGGCUGAUUGCGGAGCAAGUGGAUGGAGGUCGGAGCUCGGGAUAAUGGCGCGGCCGGGGUGGGUGGCUGCGGCUACGCCCGGCAGGGCCGUUUACUUUUGGAGCGUUGGGUGAUGUGUACGUCUGCGAGAAAGAAAGGAAGGAAGGAAGCGUCUGUGUUUGCCUUGGCCCUACGGCGUGCGACUCUGCGACGAUGACCUAUGCAUCUAUGGGCUAUGGAUCCAUGGAUCGUGACAAAAGAAAAUAUGGGAGAUAACGUGGGACGGGGAGAUGGUCAGAUGGGCAAGUCAGGUCGCCGUGAGAUGUGCAUAGAUUUUGAUCAUUAUCUUUUUUCUUUCUUUCAGAGGAUAAUGUAUGUGCAUAGAGUUCUAGGAGCUGCUUUGCUUGGGGAUUGCUAAUCAAUCCAUGUGAUUUUGCAAUGCA